AUGGACAUUAGAAGCCAAUUCAAAUUUCUUAAAAUGUGGACUCUUAAUGAUGAUUGUGCCAGGUUGAUAAAGGAUACUUGGAAUGCUCUUAUUGUUGGCUGCCCUAUGUACAUUCUAGACAAAAAACUUAGGAUUCUUAAAUCUAGACUUAAGAAGUGGAACAAAUUUACCUUUGGCAAUGUUCAUGACAAUGUUAAAGUGGCUGAAUGUAAUCUUAAUGACAUUCAACAGCAAAUACAAAGCCUAGGGUACUCUGACAAUUUGCAGGUGCUGGAAGCUAAAGCUCAACAUGAGUUUGAAAAAGCUUUAAAUAUGGAGGAAGAACUUUGGAGGGAGAAAGCUAGAAUCAAAUGGCACUUACAAGGUGAUAGAAACACAAACUACUUUCAUACCUAUGCUAAAAUUAAAAGAAAAACUAAAAUGAUAUAUUCCUUAUUGAUUGAUGGUAAGAUAGAAACCAAUCAUAUUCUUCUUGAAAAGCAUAUUGAAUCUCAUUUCAAAGAACUCUUUAAUUAUGAUUUUAGGGGUCAAGCUUUUGAUCUUAUUGAUAGAGUCAUCCCUAAGCUUGUCAAUGAUCAGACCAAUGACAUGCUAUUGAGACUGCCUAGCCCAGAGGAGAUCCAAGCUGCUAUUCUUAACCUUAAUAUUGACUUUGCACCUAGGCCAGAUGGUUUGGGAUGGAUUUUGCCCAAUUUUAAUGCCAAUACUCUUAUUAUGCUUCCUAAAAUCAAAGAGAAUAAUAGCAUUGGCAACUAUAGACCAAUAGCUAUGGCAAAUUUUAAGUAUAAACUCAUUUUAAAAAUCUUAGCUGAUAGGGGAGAUACAAAAUCUCUUACUCCAAUCUCCAACCUUUUGAAGGGCUAUGCUCAGUGCUCUGGGCAGAUUUGCAACUCAACAAAGUCAAUCAUUUAUGUUGGGGGCAUGUCUAUGGAAAGACACUGCAGGCUGGCAGAAAUCAUAGGCUUUUCCAAAGCUUCUCCUCCUUUCCUCUACCUUGGUGUCCCCUUUUUCAUUGGUAAACCUAAAGCUAAUAACUUCAAUUUCCUUGCAGAUAACAUCAAGAUCAAAUUGGCUACUUGGAAAGCUAACUUGUUGUCCAUGGCUGGAAGGGUCAUUCUAGUCAAGACUAAGCUAGUUACUAUUGCUUGGAAGAAGUGCUGUUUGAAGAAAUCCGAAGGAAGUCUUGGCAUCAUAUCUUUGAAACACUACAACUUAGCUACUAACAUCCAUUUGUGCUGGCUUUUCCUUAAUCAAAAUCAAUCUUGGGCUAAACUUCUAGCAGCUAGGGUUAAAAGAGGCUCCAAGUUGAUAAAGUACUCCAUCAAAUCUUCAUUGUGGAAAGGAUUCAAAGAGGUUUAUGAUAAGGUUGUUGAGAACAGCAUCUGGGUGAUUGGGAAUGGUUUGAAAACUAACUUCUGGCUGGACAAUUGGACUGGUGAAAUUCUGGCCUUCAAAUACAAAAUCCCUGAACAAUUUCACUCAAAUCUCAAAAACUAUGCUGCUAACUAUUGGACUAACAACUCCUGGGCUCUCCAUGACAACAUCCAGCUUGCCUUCCCUGGCCUUCUAUCCCUCAUAUCAUAUUUCUCUGUUGCUGAUUUGGCUUUUGAGGAUUCCUUGAUCUAG